GCUUGUUUACGGUCAGAUCUACUGUAAACGAGGUUUGUGGUCAAGUAUCUAGGGGCGACUGCGUGGAGAGACCCCGUAGAAAUGCCUUCGACAUAAACAUCGGUGAACAUUGGUACACGAACUCUCCGAGCAGCCUCAGUUCCUGACAUCGCCAACCAGCCAUGUCGUGCCGGGACAUCCACGCCACCAACGCCUUUGCCUUCAUUAUUGCCUUUGUGUCUUUGGGUGGGAUCGCUGUGGCGGCCUUGGUUCCGCAGUGGCGUGUAACGAGACUCGUCACCUUCAAUCGCAAUGCCAAGAAUAUCAGCGUGUAUGAUGGGCUGUGGGCUAAAUGUGUGAAGCAAGAUGGCUAUUCAGGAUGUUACUACUACGAUUCAGAGUGGUACUCCAAAGUGGACCAGUUGGAUCUGCGGCUCCUGCAGUUCUGCCUCCCUGCAGGCUUCAUGCUCGGCUCUUUGGCCUUGCUGCUGUGCAUGGCCGGGAUGUGUAAAACCUGCUGCUGCUCAGACAAGCCUGAGCCAGACAUUAAAACCACCAGAUUCCUAGUGAACAGUGCCGGCUGUCACCUGGUGGCUGGGAUGUUCCUCUUACUGGGGGGGGCCGUAGCCAUGGCGCCCUCGGUGUGGUUUCUUUUCCGCACCAAAGAGAUGAACAUCAGAUAUGACAAUAUUUUCUCUGACGGUUUCGCUGUGUAUGUGUCCAUAGGCUGCUCUGGAGGACUAAUGCUGGCCGCGCUCCUCAUGUUUAUGUGGUAUUGUAUGUGUAAGAAGUUACCCUCGCCCUUCUGGUUGCCCCUUCCCUCUAUGUCUCCCUCCCUGUCCGCCCAGCCUCUCACGGCCAACGGAUACCCCCCCUCCCCAGUUUACGGGACCCAGCCGUUCCCUCCUCAGACGUACGCCCCCACGGUGAUCGACACCCAGCCUUUUGUGCCGGCACAGGGCUACGCUCAAAGUAUGGUGGCUCCGGCUCCACCUCAGGUGUACGUGUCUCAGCUUUCUCCUCCAGAUGGGUAUGGAUCAGAGGUGGGGGGCACUCAGGCCUACAGCUAUGCCCCCUCACAGAGUUAUGCGCCUUCGCAAAGUUACGCUCCCUCUCAGGGUUAUGCGUCCAGCUACGCCGGCCACCGCUAUUCCACCCGCUCACGCAUGUCAGCCAUAGAGAUCGACAUCCCUGUACUGACCCAGCAAUAGUAAGAGGCGGAUGACCUCAACGCGUUGACUUCUCCAUUAAGUACCGACAGGAAAUCUAAUGGCGCAGAACAGGUCAAAGCUAACAUCAUAAGUUUGGGUUUUUAAGUCAAAACCACAUAUAACCAUGUGAAGGAUGAUAUUAUUUUCAAAAUGAAGACUACUAAAGCUCUUUGUCUGGUUAAGUACAGGGGAGAGGGAAGAAACUCCCUCUAUUACCAGAAAAAGAAAAAGGAAAACAAAAAAAAAACCUCAGAUCACUAUUACUUAAAUUCCUGCAAAUAGGACCACUAAAAGUAGCUCACCACUAGCAGAAAGGGAUGAACCGACUUAGAGGCUAACACUAGUUAUUAGGACUUAUCGUUCUAUUACAUUCACUGUUGGAACCGUUGCCUUCGUUCACAGCGACCACCAGGAAGCUAUGAAGAUUACUUCUGAAAAUGAACACUAACCUGCAUUGACAUUAACUUCUGUUGCUCUGAAUGAAGAUGUAGGGGGAUUUGUCAGUUUUUUGUGUUUGUUGCCUUAAGUUGAAUCAGGCCCAUUGUCAAAAAGCCCUGUGAAGAGCAGCUGUUUUAGUUUUUAAUGUACUGUAAUGUGAAUUCUGUGCCAGUUUACUCUGCCUUUGUUAAUGCAUCAUGCUAGUUUUGAAUAUUAAUUCCCGUGCUGCCUGUUAUGUCAAAGUAUGGUGUUAAGAAUCUUUUUUGCUUUGAUGCACCAUCUAAAUUAAAACUGUAUGUAUCAGCUGACAUGCCACUAAUUAAGGGGGACUUUUGUUGACUUGAAAAUGUAGUUUGUUGCCUUACAUGUUUUUCAUGUUGAACACUGAUCAUUAACUCUUAUUGUAUAACAUUUUAUUUUUCUGCAGUUAAAAUGUUUUUUUUUACAUCAUAUUUUUAUUUUAAUAAAACAUACAUUACUAUA